AUACAUAUUCCUUUGUUCGCCUUGUCCCACAUCGAUAUUAAGCGUCUACGUCUCGCUCACACCUCACCUCUCCCCGUGAUUCCCGCUUCAUACAGCCAAACUUCCGCAUAUGUAGGCCGUGUAUGAGAUGUAACGCGCCCUCAACCUCUACUGUCGGAAAAGGCCGUUGUUUUUCUUUCAACCUGUAUCUGUGCAUAUCCUCGUUGGUUCUUCGCCAUUGUUGGCCUGCCCCCGCCUCCUCCUCGCUUUCGUCCCCCUCGUCACUUUCAGCUGUUCAUUCACCGAGAGGCCAACCAACCAACCAACCAACCAACCAACCAACUGGCCCUUCGAGUCCACCCCCUACUUUCUUGCCCUAGCUGCCGACUAUUUAGUCGCCGGAACUGCUCAGAGACCUGCCGUUCUCUGGGUCAUGCCAAAAGUGUAGAUUUCACCAGGAACCAUUUCCAUCAUCGACAGGACCCGGGAAGGAUGUUGGCCACCCGUGAAACCUUCGGCAAGAGCGCCGUGAACAAGGACCGAGAAAUACCUAAAGCGGACAACCUGAAGAAAUACAACCAUGCGGUCGCUGGGCAUGCGGGAACCAUGUGCGACGCGGACGGCGAAUUGUUUAUCAAGCCAUGCACGCAAUCCGAGGUCGAGUUCUACGAGUCGGCGCACGCACUCCAUCCCGACUUCGCAGAGCUCAUGCCCCUCUACAUCGGCACGCUGUCGCUGGGUGAAGACGUUGACCAAGCCACGAUCCAUGCACAAAUACCCGGCCUGGUCGAGCACGCGGAUAUUCCCUCUAGCAUUAAGGAAGAAAUUCAGUCGCACCUGCACCUCGAGGACAGGAAGGUCGUGAUCGAGCCUCUGGCGGGGAAGAAGAAGAAUGCUGCUGUCGAUCGGGACUCAGUCCCCAGCAAGGUGAGGAAGAUCACGACGGAUCGGGCCGUGGUGCUAGAGAACGCGUCCUUCGGCUUCCAGAAACCAAACAUCAUGGAUGCCAAGCUGGGCAUUCGACUGUGGGCCGACGACGCACCCCCGGAGAAGAGGGACCGGUUUGACAAGAUCGCCGAGGAGACAACACACAAGAAGUUUGGCUUCCGUGUCGCCGGCAUGAGGGUGUACAAGGGGUCCGCGAAUGCGGCCGAGCUGGAUGAGGAAGGAUACAAGAUCUACGAUAAAGACUGGGGCAGGGUGACCGUACAGGAUCACAACGUUGUCCCGUCGCUCAAGAACUUCAUCUUCAACGAGGCCGCCGGAAUCGACGACGACCUGGGCAAGACUAUCGCCGGCUUGUUCAUGCAGGAUCUCCGCAGGGUGCAGGAGGUCCUCGAAAGGGAGGAGAGCCGGAUGUACUCGGCGAGUCUACUCUUUGUCUUCGAGGGAGACGGGGCCGCUCUCCGCGCCGCCGUCGACGAAGCAAAAGCCAGCGCUACGCCAUCGGGACGCAGGCGAGGACCGACGCGGGCCCCUGCCGCUAAUCUUAGGGUAGAUAGCGGCAUCGGUAUCGACGAAGGAGAACUUUGCGAGCCUUCGGUGACCGAGGAGGAACUGGUUGAACUCGAAGAGGACUCGGACGAGGAAUCGACCUUCCCGCACAUAUAUUCCCUCAAGUUGAUCGACUUUGCGCACGCAGCGUGGACGCCGGGGCAGGGGCCGGACGAAAAUGUGCUGCUCGGGGUCCGGAGUCUAGCGAAGAUUUUUGAGGAAAUGACCGAGUAAACGGGCCCAGAUUCGCCUAGGCCGAAGAGGAGGAACAUGGGAAUUCUGGCAAACGUGCGGGCAUGCACGGCUUGGGAGGCGACCGAGCACGUACGUGCGUCGUUCGGUGCCUAGAAUCGGUAGAGAAUCCCAUGGGCGUCUUGCGGGAGAUGUCUGGCGUUUGGCCUACAAUAUACCCUACCCACUGUACAUUCCUCCGGCGCAGGAGGCACGACAUAGACGAAGCAAUCCUCAUAGGACUGAUAUUUGCGAUUAGAAUACAACCCCUAGAUCUCACCGUCCCCCAGCCGUGUGCUAAGAUUGCCAGAAAUAUGUCGCGCUCUCUGUUUACG